CGCGCGCGGGGCGCAAUGCGUCGUUGCAAUGUCUUGCGCGGCUCGUUGGGAGUCGUAGUUCGCGCGUGCGCCUUUGCCUGGACCUUUCCCAGAAGUCCCCGGGCGUCGUCCUCCUCGUCCUCCAAGCUGCCUGCGUUCGGCCGGAGUCCGCUCGCAGCCGUCGCCAUGCUACCCGUCGCAGUCCUCCGCCGCCCCGGCCUGCGUUCCCUCGUACGCCGGGCCCGCGCCUACGCCGAGGCCGCCGCUGCUCCGGCCCCGGCUGCGGGCCCGGGACAGAUGUCCUUCACCUUCGCCUCGCCCACGCAGGUGUUUUUCAACGGUGCCAACGUCCGGCAAGUGGAUGUGCCCACGCAGACAGGAGCCUUUGGCAUCCUUGCGGCCCACGUGCCCACCCUGCAGGUCCUGCGGCCAGGGCUGGUUGUUGUCCAUGCUGAGGACGGCACCACCUCCAAAUACUUCGUGAGCAGUGGUUCUGUCACCGUGAAUGCUGAUUCCUCAGUCCAGUUGCUGGCCGAAGAGGCUGUGACGCUGGACAUGCUGGAUGUGGGGGCAGCCAAGGUGAACUUGGAGAAGGCGCAGUCGGAGCUGUCAGGGGCAGCAGAUGAGGCCUCCAGGGCUGAGAUCCAAAUCCGCAUCGAGGCCAACGAGGCCCUGGUGAAAGCUCUCGAGUAGGCAGUGCGUGGUCCUUGCCAGCAGGGAAACCGAGGCCCAGAACUGGGCAGAGGAUGUCCCGGGCAGGCUGAACCAGUUCGCGCGGGUCCAGUCUGACCGUGGGGGGGUGGGGAGGAAGGUCAGCAAGCCGCCUAAAGGGAUUUUCGUGUGGAGGGAUUGGUCUUGCCAGAGAAGGCCGCCAGGGGGCAGCACGGUUCUAGUUUUCUGCCAAGAGCACGCCCCAUCAAACCCAGGGAACAGGCUUCUUGCCAGGGCUGGCAGGCCUGGUGGCUGGGGGUGAGCCCAGAGACCUGCUCUGCUUUUUGAGGGGGGCUGUGUGUACCCCCCCACCCUGGGCUCUCUUCCCACGUUCCAGCUCCCUCCCUCCCAACCUGAUGUGCCACCCGCCAUCCCUCUGACUCUGUAGACCCUGCCGUGGAGACUUCAGCUCCCAGUUACCUCUGUGGGACAGCUUGCCCCCAGCUUGAGCCCCCCAUUAAAAACCAGGGAUCUGACUCGUG